AUGAAUCAGGCGACUUCAAAAUCUGUGACAAAAUAUCACGAUCAGACCAAUGCAGAGAUCAGUGCUUCAGCUAAAUCAUUAACCUCUGGCUCGACAAAAUUAUCAGAAACUGAGGAAAGUGAAUCACCUAUACUAUCUCAUUCCAAUGUCCCGAAGCUUUUCCCAUUCAAGAAGACACUAUCAAAAGAGAAACAUAAAGAGUUUAAUGACUCUGAUAGUGCUAAUAAUGCUAAAAAUAUCAAUAUUGAUCCAAACUUGAAUGAUAUUUACGAAAUAACAGAAAAUAAUGAAACAGAUGACAAUACUUCAAUCAUUUUUUUGCCAUCUAGUAUCUCUACAAAUUCAACAAAUCAAAGUAUAACUUCAACUAUUCAAACAAAAGGGAAACAUGAACUGAAAACUAAACCAAAAACCAGUUAUAUAUGGAAUUACUUUAAACAAAUAGCUCCUGAUACUACUGUUUGUCAAGUAUUAGGAUAUGGAAGAAGAUUCACUUAUCACAAAACCACUUCUACUAUGAAGACACAUCUUUCAAGUAUUUUGAAAAACAAAGCUCUACAUUAUUUAUAA